UUUAGAAAUAUAUCAAUGUUUGACGUGUCAGCUAUAUCGAUUUAACAAUAGCUUGUACACUGAAUUAAUCUACUCGAUAUACGUCGUUAUGUUAUUCACAUCCCUAUUUGCCGGCAAACACAAUACCGAGCGGCAAUUGGAACCGCGGUUAUUUGCAAACAAGUGACAGCAGCCGCAUUAAUGAGGCUCGUGAAGCCUGGUUGGGUGCAUCACGAUGAUAAACCCAUCUUCUCAGUGGAUGUGCACCAGGAUUGUACGAAAUUUGCGACCGGCGGCCAGGGCAAUGAUUCGGGACGCGUUGUCAUUUGGAAUCUGAAGCCGGUGCUCUCCGAAAAGGAUGAGAAUGACGCCUCAGUGCCCCGCAUGCUCUGCCAAAUGGAUCAGCACUUGGCAUGCGUCAAUUGUGUGCGCUGGUCGCAAAAUGGACAGCUUCUUGCCUCCGGAUCCGAUGAUAAGUUGAUCAUGAUUUGGCGCAAGGCUCAAGGAGCGAGUGGUGUCUUUGGCACCGGUGGCAUGCAACAGAAUCACGAGUCUUGGAAGUGCAUACACACAUUGCGCGGUCAUGAUGGCGACGUUCUCGACUUGGCCUGGUCGCCUAAUGAUUACUUUUUGGCUAGUUGCAGCAUAGACAACACCAUCAUUGUCUGGGAUGCUCGAGCGCUGCCCAACAUGUUGCAAACACUGAAAGGGCAUACGGGUUUGGUUAAGGGCGUGGCCUGGGAUCCGGUGGGCAAUUUUUUGGCCUCGCAGUCAGACGAUCGCAGCAUCAAGAUUUGGCGCACCAUGGACUGGUCGUGCGGGACAACGAUUACGGAGCCGUUUCAGGAAUGCGGCGGCACCACACACAUCUUGCGCCUCUCCUGGUCACCCGACGGCCAGUAUCUGGUCUCCGCGCAUGCUAUGAACGGGGGUGGACCAACCGCGCAAAUAGUCGAACGCGAAGGCUGGAAAUGCGACAAAGAUUUUGUGGGUCAUCGCAAGGCGGUGACCUGCGUACGCUUCCACAAUUCCAUACUCACGCGCUACAUGGCCGGCGAUAGUCCCAGUAAAGCGAUGCAGUACUGCGUCCUAGCCGUGGGCUCCAGGGAUCGCUCACUGUCCGUGUGGAUGACGGCGUUGCAGCGUCCCAUGAUUGUCAUCCACGAACUGUUCAAUGACAGCGUGCUGGACAUGUCCUGGGGUCCACAGCAGUGUCUGCUGAUGGCCUGCAGCGGCGACGGCACCAUCGCCUGCCUACAGUUCAACGAGGAGGAGUUGGGCACACGCGUCUCCGAGGUGGAAAAGAAGGCCAUCUUCAAGCGCAAAUACGGCGGCUGCAUCGAGGACAACUAUGCCAUCAAGCAGCAGGCACGCUGCCUGCCCGAGCUCACCUCCUAUGACCUGCCCAAUGCAGCCAUGGAGCGGCGCCUGCCUGUCCAGCAGGCGGGCCAAGCGGGUGCAGCGUCGCCAGCGCGUGCCAUCAGCAAACAGACAGAGACGCGCACCAAAGAUGGCAAGCGACGCAUUACGCCCAUGUUUAUACCGCUCAACGAUCUCUCGGAGCCAAUUUCAAGCAUGGGCAGCAGCAGCAUCUCCAGCGGCGGCAACAGCAGCAACGUCUACCAUAGCAAUAGCAACAACAAUAGCACCAAUCAGAACAGCAACGGCGUGGAGCCACUGAUGCCAGAGCCGUUGUUCACGCGGCCGGAACCGGUGGGACGCCUGAUGUUGCCGCCGGCGCCAGCGGCGACAGCAGCGAUUGCACCGCGCCGAAAUUCGAUGCAGUUGCUCUGCGAUUUGAAUAGCAGCAACACGCACGGACCGAAGAUGCAAAUUACAGCGAAUAGCAAGUGUGAAUUCACCAAAUCCGCGCAAGACUAUCGCGUCCAUGUGCAGAACGGGCAUCUGAAGACGGGCUAUGGCAUGGUCGCUAAGGUGACGGCGCAGCUCAGCCGUGAACAGCUCUGGGAGAUGUAUGUCGGCUCGCCCGUGAUCAAUGUGAAUCUGUGUAGCAAAUAUGUGAUGCUCUGCUCGCUCGAUGGCAGCAUGCGGCUGUUGGCCAUGCCAACCGGCUGCCCCAUCUUUCCAGCCAUCUCAUUGAAUAGCCCGGCCGUGCACUGCGCCUUCAGUCCGGACAAUCAGAUGGUCGGUGUGCUCACCGAGUGUGGCCUGCUGCGGAUCUGGCACAUUCCCAAGCGACGCAUUCGACUAGCCACCAACUGCCUGGAGCUGCUGGCCAAGCAUGGCAUGGCGCUGCAGUUCGCCAUUACGGAUCAGGGCAUGCCGCUGAUUGGGUUUCCCAGCGGCAACUCCUACUCGUAUUCCACGAAUCUGAAGUCCUGGCUGGUGUUGGCCACUGGCGAUGCCAUCAUGUUCAACGGCAUCCGUGGCUCACUGCCGCGCGAUCUGGAGCACGUGAAUCGCAAGUUCCCGCUGCUCAGCAUGCAGGCCAGCACACAGAACUAUCUCAGCCUGCGCGGACCCGUCGAAAUUGAUCCGGAGAGCUGGCAGCAAACGGCCAAGGUGCUGUUCCUUGAGAAUCAAAUAAAGCUCUGCGAGGCCAUGGAGGCGAUCGAGGAACUGAAGCAUUGGCACGCCAUGCUCACCUUCCAGCUGGCCACCUACGGCACCGAGAAGCGUUUGCGACUCUUCUUGGAUGGCCUGCUCAAUACGGAGCAGGAGGCAACGCAGUGUGCGCCCAAGCACGAGCUGAUGCAGUGCGUGCUGGAAUCACUGAAGCCGCACACCCAAUGGGAGCACAUCUACAACGAAUACCUGGAGGUUUACAAGCUGAACGAGGAGAAUUUUGUGAUCGAUGCGCCGGCGCCGCAAUCUUCCUCAACGCUCACCUAUCCGCUACCCUCGUCGCCGUGUACACGCACCCGUGGCGCAGCCGCUGCGGCGGCUGCCAUCGAAAAGCUGCUCACAGCGGAGCCAUCGUCACCGCCACCGCCACCGACGCCGCCUGUGCGUCCUGGCUCGGAUCGCAAGAGCGUCGAGCCGGAUGGCUGUGACACGGAAUCAUCAUCGUCCUCGCAACCGGCAUCGUCCUCAACGCCAGAGCCGACGAUCGUCGAUCUUGAAACGGACAAGAACUGAGAUGUCAAUGCGAAC